AGAAAUUUGCCAUUAUGCAAUAGUACUGUAAGAUUCAACACUUAAUUUCUUCCCCGAGAGUUUAUUUGUUUAAACUUAAUAAUUAUUCAGUUGUUAACUUGAUGCUGAAAUGUUUUACUACUUUAUAAAUUGUUAAUAGUUUAAGUUAGUAGUAACCUUAUAAGUUCUUUAAUUAACAAUAAUUCUGUUGCUGUCAGUAUAGCUUUUAAUGUUGAAGAAUUAGUUUUUCGAUUGAAUUUAUUAACAGUUUUCGAGCGAUUUCAUUACGUAAUUAAUAACUAUGGACAGAACUGAAUUUUGUGGUUGCAAAGGUAUGAGGACUUGUUUUAUAUGUGAAGAAAAAUACAAUUUAACACCUACAGUUGAUUCAAGUAGAUUAAAAGAUUUAAUUUGUGUCUCGUAUUGUUCAUAUUGUAAUUUAUUAUGGGAAGGAUGGAAUAUAAAUGAAUGUAAAAAUCUUCCUAGUCAUACUGGUAAAAGCUAUAAUUUUGAUGGUAUUUAUAUUGAACAUGAAUUUAUAGACUUAAAAGAGGAAGCUAACUUGAUUGAAAAUUUAGAUCAAAUACCUUGGGAUGUAUCUCAAAGUGGUCGUAGAAAACAAAACUUUGGUCCAAAAUGCAAUUUUAAAAAAAGACGUUUGUCAAUAGGAAAUUUUAAUGGAUUUCCACUAUGUACUAAAUUUGUACAAGAUCGCUUUAAACAACUUUCUAUAAUGAAAGAUUAUCAUACUAUUGAGCAAUGUUCAUUAGAGUAUAAUCCUAAAAAAGGUGCUUCAAUUGAUCCACAUGUUGAUGAUUGUUGGAUUUGGGGUGAAAGAAUUGUUACUCUAAAUCUAUUGACUGACUCUGUUUUAACUUUAACUCCACACAAUAUCAAAUACAAAAACCAGUAUAAUAUUGAAUAUAUACCAAAUUCACAAUGUACUUUAUUAUCGGGCAGUAAAAAAAAAUAUCCAUUUGAUGUUAUACGCAUUCCUAUGCCUAGAAGGUCACUUUUAGUGUUGUAUGGAAAUACUCGAUAUUUAUGGGAACACUGUGUUCUUAGAGAAGAUAUUCAAGAUAGAAGAAUUUGUGUUGCAUACAGAGAAUUUACACCACCUUAUUUAAAAGGAGGAUUAUAUUUUAAAGAUAGUUGUGAUAUUAUUGAGAGAGCUAAAAUAUUUUGGUGAAUACAUAUUUUUGUUAUCUCUUAUUAUUGAUAAAUACUUUUAUUUGUAUUUUUAAAAACUAAAUAUAAAAGAAAAAUUAGAGCUCUUUUUAA